AGAGAAGAAAGUGGGAUGUGGAAGCCACAUUAUACAUCAUCGGCGCCAAAGCCUUAUAGCAAGAUCUUCUGGCCCAUAAGAUGUAAUGAUAUGAAGUCUGGCUACUUGAUCGGAUGGAACACCAGAAGUUUCGUCGCAUGUGUUGUUGACAUCAUAUCUGAUGUACCUAUACAAGAUCUUGAAGGUAUACUUAGAGAGUUGAGUUAUGAUAAACGAAUGCUUACAUGUCCUGUUGGACAACCUAGAGUGUUGGGCGAGUGGAUAAGCAGACAUGGGGAUGAUGGCAGCGUCAGCGAGACGUUCCAACCCGUGCCCAGCAACCUACAUGACGUCGACAUUUGGAUAUCAAUGGAGCGAAGCAGCAACGGCGUGCCAUGUCUCAAGAAGAUCUAUUGCAAUGAGUACAAGUUCCAGACUUCGUCGCAGAUCGUGCUCUACGACGAUUCCUCACCAUACUACUACACAUCAAUACCCAUCAGCUUCACGCCCAGCUCACUGAACAAAGGCGGUCAGUCACCCACAGCCAACAGUGCUUCAGGCCGUGCUGCAGCUGCCUCGACUCAAAACACAGUAUUCUCCCCAGUCACCAACUCGGCCACAUCAGGGCCGUCCUCGUCAACAAACAACAAGCCCAAGCAAUCCUAUGGCUCAGACCUCGAGUCGACUUUCAAGCAGGUGAGUACAUCAUCAUCAACAACCAAGUCAACAACUACAAACAACAAUAACAACAAUGUAGUAAUCGAUGGUGGAAAUAAGAAGUCAAAGCCAAACAAUGGUGGAGGACUGUUCAGAUUGUUACUGGCACCGCUCUACCUCUUGGUCAUAUUGUUCAAGCUGUUUGAGCGAUUGCUUCUCAAGAUACUCAACAUGGACGCGCCAUUCUUCAAGAACAAGAAGCUGAAAGACCUGACGACCCUGGGCGGUCUGCUGGACAGUCGCAUCGACGAGUUCAAACUGUUGAUCAAACAGUACCAUCAUCUCCGCGAGAAGAAGUACUGGUUGAACAACAAUCAAGAUCGAUCAUUAUAUAUAGAGUUCUACAAUAGAUGUUGGCUAUUACUCAAUGAUAUACUGUUGGGCAUUGUUGCGGGAUAUAUAUUACAUCGAUUCGCACCUUAUGUACUGGACGCAUUCAUUGGAUUGAACAACAUGAUCACCAACGACAUCCUAAAGAACCUCAUCCUAUGGCUGAUGGGCUGGCCUGCCGGCUUCAAACUGAAUGAGAACCUCGACAAGUUCUUUGGACGUCUAAUCCUUUAUUACAUUGACAAGUGGAAUUUGAUCACUACUACACUCUCUCCACAUGGAGGCAUCAUACUCAAGAUUGUGUGUAUGAGUGGCGUGUUUGGUAUCUCUGUUCUGGUCAGCGUUAUCAUCGACCUCUUCUCCAUCUUUACAUUACAUAUCAGUGUAUUCUAUAGUGUCUCUGCCAGGUUCUAUCUACUUCAACUAGUCCUACUCAAGUCACUUUGGAAUCUGUUCAGAGGUGUCAAGUAUAAUCCACUUCGAAAGAGAACUGAUAGCUGCGACUUUGAUCAAUAUCAGCUGUUGUUGGGCACACUCUUGUUCACAUUGAUCUUCUUCUUGUUCCCAACGACGUCCAUCUAUUAUUACUUCUUUGCAAUGUUCAAGGCUGGCCUGGCUGUGCUACUAUCAAUGUUUUCAUUAUUACUUCAUCUGAUCAAGUCAUUCCCAUUGUUUGGCAUUGUGAUCUAUCUGGUCGAUUCCAAGUCCCUACCACACGGCGUGACAUUCACAGACGACGACGAUAGGGAAGCAACUCACCAAUCCAACAUCACCGCUCCCGACUAUGGCCACGACCACGACUCUCAUCACUCCAACAGUGACCCAUCAGAGGAAUCAGAGCGCCACACUUCCACUGCCACAGAACUUGUUGCAACUGCAUCAACAGCAACAACAACAACAAGAUAUGUUGUCGCCCAAGGGCGGUAG